AUGGUUCUUAAGGAACACAACCUAAGGAAUCAGUCUUCUCUCACACACUUUCUUCUCUUGGGAUUCUCUGAGGUUCAUGAGCAGCAAGUUCUUCUCUUCAUCAUCUUUCUUGUUUAUUACCUGGUCGCAGUUGGAGGAAAUCUUCUCAUAAUCACCGCAGUAGCUACUGAUCACCAUUUACAUAGUCCCAUGUACUUCUUUUUGACGAACUUGGCCAUACAAGAUGUGGGACAAGUUUCUGUCAUUUUUCCCAAUUCCAUGGCAAAUUCCCUCAUGAGUAGUAGACAGAUUUCAUAUUCUGGAUGUGUGGCUCAAGUGCUUUUCUAUACCUUCUUUAUAGUGUCUGAUUUUUUUCUUCUUACAAUUAUGGCAUAUGAUCGGUAUGUGGCUAUUUGCAAUCCUUUGCACUAUGAGAUGCUGAUGAACAAAGAAGCCUGCCUUCAAAUAAUUAUUAUUGUUUGGAUCAGCAGCUUUCUUUAUGGAGUCUUACACACUGGAGGUACCUUUGCUGUCCCUUUUUGCUCUAACAUUGUCAAUCAAAUUUUCUGUGAAAUCCCACAGUUAUUAAAGCUCACCUGCUCUGAUUUGUAUCUUAUUGAAGUUGGAAUUAUUUUGUUAAGUGUUGUUAUGGCAUUAGGAUGCUUUGUUUUCAUGCUUGUCACAUAUGUACAAAUCUUUACUACGGUGCUAAAAAUUCCUUCUGUGCAGGGAAGGCAGAAAGCUUUCUCAACUUGCCUACCCCACCUAAUUGUCGUUUCCUUAUUUAUGUUUACUGUAACCUCUGUUUAUAUCAAGCCCUCCUCUAAUUCUCUACCAUCUCUUGAUUUGGCAAUGACUAUAUUAUAUUCCAUGGUUCCCCCUUUAAUGAACCCAGUAAUCUACAGCUUGAGAAACAAGGAAAUAAAGAAAGGUCUAUCUAAUCUUUUAGGUUUUAGAAAAUCAUCUGCGAACUCUGUUUAG